ACAUUUCAAUUUUUCAUAGACAAAAAUCUUGGGCUUUCGUCAUUGUAGCUACUCACAACUCAGAGCUAACGCGAGCUCUCCCAAACUUGCAGAUAUGGACGGGCACGAUUCGGAGGAUUCGAAGCAGAGCACUGCUGAUAUGUCUGCUUUUGUGCAAAAUCUGCUUCAACAGAUGCAAACUAGGUUCCAGUCGAUGUCUGACAACAUUGUCACAAAGAUUGAUGAGAUGGGAAACCGCAUUAAUGAGUUGGAGCGUAGCAUUGGUGAUCUAAGAACAGAGAUGGGAAUUGAAGGCUCUCCAGUUCCCAGCUCCCAGUCCAAGCCAGUUGAAGAGGGAGGGAAGCAAGAUGAAGGUUCAGCAUAAAUCUAGCUAUAAUCCACUCUUUUGGAUAAACAUCAAACAUGGUGUAUGCUUCACAUGGAUUUAGUAGUUUUUGUUUGUGAUGUUAAUUUUCUUCGUAUGAGAUUGUGUAAAGCUGGAGUUUCUAUGACAUGGUCCUAACCCCAGCUGUUCUUAAUGUACCUAUGAGGAUGUGGUGAUCUAUCUUUCAAAUCAGUCAUUUGGAAGCGAAUUUUUACCAUAUGAUUGUUUCUGCAGCUAUUGGCUAUCAUUUAAUCCUUUGUUAUGAAA